UUCGAAAAAUAAUGGCAGAAGACAUUCCUCCCGAGGAUUAUCCCUCUGAGAUUGAAGAGUACCUGACUGGAUUCGACACAUCGUUGGGCUCUGUGAAUGACGUCGUGCAAAAACUUGUAACUACCUCCAGAAAUGACCAAAAGUUGGACCCACUGGAGCAAGCAAAACUGGAUUUGAUGUCAGCAUACGCGCUUAAUUCAUUAUUCUGGAUGUAUUUGGUGACACAAGGAAUCAACCCAAAAGAACAUGGAAUUAAACAAGAGCUGGAGAGAAUACGAGCUCAUAUGAACAAAGUAAAAGACAUCACGGAUAAGAAGAAGGCAGCACGUUUGGAUAAAGGUGCUGCUGGUCGGUUUGUGAGGAAUGCCCUGUGGCAGGCCGAGGAGGGCAAGGAUGCAACUGGGCAGCCUCCCAAAGCAAAGCACAAGAGAUUCAAAUGAAGUCUGGGAGUGAGAAAUCAGUCUGGGUUAACAUAGUGUGACCUUUUCAGUGGACUGUAACGUGAAUGAGAGAAAGCUCUCCACUAAGGACUUAAGGACUUGUUUGAUAGCCUUUCCUCAAAAGGAUUCUUUUUCAUUAUUUUUUUUAUUAUUAUUUCUUUUUUAAGGAGAAAGUAAUUUCGAUUUGCAAAAUGCAAACAUUUCUUUCAUCAGUAUGUUUACCAGUCAGCAGUUUGUAAAUACUUGUAGAUUUCCAUGAAUAAGGCCAUAUUUUCAUGGAAUAUUCAUGCUGUUUAACCUAGGCUAAAGGUAUUAAAGUCAUAUAUUGUGUCACCAAACCCGCUGACAUGUGAUUGAAAAGUGUCUCUGCAUAGGCUACUUAAACUAUAAGCUGGCAAACUAAGUUAUACUGUGCAGGAAGACUGAUAACUUCGCGAACUAGUCAAAAAAUGGCUCAAUUAGCCAACUGAGUUUGGUAUGUUCAACAGUUCCUUGCAGGGUUCCACAUUGUCAAACACAUGGGCUAUAUUAUAUGAUCUAGUACAUUUUCAACAGCAAAAGGUGACAUUUGUCAGCUAAUGUGAAAAAUGAAUAAACCAAUUAAAUAUACUAGUUACAUCCUUCACACAAUGAUGUGCCUUUGAGUCCUACAAUGAACUGUAUCAGAAUGGUCUGUUCUCAUUAUUAAGGAUGUAAUAAACAUAGUUUAAUUGA